AUGUCUCCUGUGAGCAUCGAUGUCGAGCUCGAAAAACCCUCUGGUGAGGAUCCGGCGACAUUGCCAACUUCGUCGUUGAGUAAGCACCCUCAGGUUUCAAUGAGCUCAAACGCAGACCCGCGCAGGGUCGAUGCCAAGUCAUCCGCGGAUCAUAAUCGGGCCGCGCGGCUUCUUGCUUGCGCCAUGCACCGCACGGCAGUUCCCUUCUCGUUUUUAUUGACGAGGAGUGGGCAGCGCUUUUUAUUUUAUGCGUUCGUCAUUUCGUUUGCCGGAGCCAGACAAAAUUGGUGGGAAUCUCUCGUCGAUGCAUAG